UGCUCCCUCAGCCGCCACAUCGGUGCAACUUCUACUGUUGUUAUUGUCUGACAUUGUCCGACCAUCGCUACAGUGGGACAUUUAUGAAACCAGCCCUGACGACUGAAAUGUCCUCACUACUGAAGCCGUUUUCGGUGUGUGAGGGACCGUGCGAGAGCUGCGGUGUGAGGAGAGGAUGCCCGAGCUCAGCUCCACAUCGGCAGCCUCCAUCGCAGCGCCUGGCCGCCGCGGCCGCCGCCCCGGCGGGGCUGGGAUCUCUGCCGGCCCACCAGCGCUCGUACGCGGCAAGGAGAAACCUGGCGGCUGCUGCAGUCGGAGGGAGGAAAAUCACGCAUCCUGGAAAGGCCAUCCUUGCAGGUGGCAUAGCAGGUGGGAUAGAGAUCUGCAUCACCUUCCCCACAGAGUAUGUCAAGACCCAGCUGCAGCUAGACGAGAGAGCCAACCCACCGCGAUACAGAGGGAUCGGUGACUGUGUGAAGUUGACUGUGCAAGAUCACGGGCUCAGAGGGUUGUAUCGAGGUCUCAGCUCCCUGCUCUAUGGAUCAAUACCCAAGUCUGCAGUGAGGUUUGGCACGUUCGAGAUGCUCAGCAACCCGAUGCGAGACGCCACAGGUCGGCUGGACAACACGCGGAGCCUCUUGUGUGGUUUAGGAGCAGGCAUAGCGGAGGCCAUCGUGGUCGUCUGCCCCAUGGAGACGCUCAAGGUGAAGAUGAUCCAUGACCAGUGUUCCCUCAGACCUCGCUACAGAGGCUUCUUUCACGGAGUCAGUGAGAUUAUCAGAGAACAGGGCGUGAGGGGGACGUAUCAAGGUCUGACAGCGACUGUGCUGAAACAAGGAACCAAUCAGGCCAUCCGAUUCUAUGUGAUGAAUGCGCUGCGCAAUUGGUACAAAGGGGACGACCCUAGACGAGACAUGCACCCAAUUGUCACGGCGAUGUUUGGAGCGACAGCGGGAGCUGCAAGUGUCUUUGGAAAUACACCUCUGGAUGUGGUGAAGACCAGGAUGCAGGGUUUGGAGGCCUACCGCUAUAAAAACACAGUGGACUGUGCUUUCCAGAUCUUGAAGCAUGAAGGACCACAGGCGUUCUACAAAGGAACAGUUCCCAGACUUGGCCGCGUGUGCUUAGACGUGGCCAUAGUCUUCGUCAUCUAUGAGGAGGUGGUCAAACUUCUCAACAACGUGUGGAAGACCCAGUAGACCCGCCAGACGGCGACAGAGGUCCAGAGGGAAGCACAGACCAGUGCCUCAUGCUACGCACAACUGAACGCCUCUAUUCUAGUUGAUACUAGCUCUCUGCAACGCCAUGAGCAGAUGACACUUCAUCAUGACCAGUUUCCACUCCGUAACAUAAAAUAAAUGCAGGACGUAUCCUAAAAACAGCGAUAAAAGAAAGGGGAGGGAGUGGCUGGUCGCACAAAACAGCUCACUUUUGCAUUUCUCUUAUUUCUCGCUCGUGGUCAGACUUAGGAAUCAAGAGGGAACAUUUAAUUUUAAAAAACAGGAAAAGCUAAAGUCGAAUGAAGUGAUCAAACGUGUAGACUCAGUUUCUUGAGUCUUAUUACCAGAAACAUGAGCGUAUGUAGAGAAGAAACACAUAUUAACCAAAGGUUAAAAAAAAAACUUGUGUAGGUUAAAAAAGGGAUAUUACGUAUGUCUAAUGUAGCUUUCUAGGACUGUUAUGGUACAUGUUGUGGAGUGAACACUCUGUAGUGAAACCAUAAAUGUGUCUUUUGAUUCACUGAGUACUUACUAUACUGAGCGAAGAUGCUACUGGACACAAACGAGCUUGCUGCCGUACUUUAAAAUGUCUGUGCAGUACUUCAACACAUCUCUGUGUUGUAAUUGCAUACCUGACUGUGUUCGUGGUGUUGUCACACUAAAACAUUCACAGUAUUUCCUCGCCGUGUCUUGGUGAUGAACUUCAGAUACUGUUCAUUGUGCAUUUCAUGCCUGCUGCUGAGUAUGGCUGCAUGGAUCUGGAUGUGGCGUCUGUCCCGUUAACGCGCCGACGGUGGCUCGCAGGCUUGUCAAGACAACACAAACUGGUCUGGAGUCAGUACCGCUGUUGCAGAUUGUUACAACCUGAUACAAGUAGUCAAUAAGCACACAUUUUAAGGAAACAAAUCCAUAUGUAGCACAAUCUUCACAUGCAGUCUUAAGAGGAGGAGAUGAGGUUAAUGAGCUCAGUGUUAUAUCUUCAACAUCCGACAGGUUACUGAGGUUCUCAGUAGGUGGUUGAGUUCUCUUUAGCUGUGUGUAAAAGCUUUAUUUGGGAAUAUUUGACCAAUAAUGCUUUAUUUAGACCCUCAGUCAGGCUGCCAUUUCCAGGCAAGUGCUGAUGUGCAGCCUGACAUAUAAAAAGCCUGACAUAUAAAAGUGAAUAGAGAGCUGCAGGAAUGAUUCCUAAAACCUGGAAAUGAGUUCGCAUUUUAGCACUUCCGGUUCCCUCGUUUUGUUCUACGACAUAAAAUACGUCAGUAAGUGUCCCGCCGGAGAAUUUUGAAUCUUUUUUU